AUGAAAGCAAUUGCUUCCCUUUCACGCUACUUUGCCACUGCCAGACAACUAUCUUUCACAGAAGAUUUAUGCAAUAGGAUUUUGGAUCAAUACCCAGAUAUCAAUACACUUAAAAAACUCCAUGGUAAGGUUUUGAACGACCAAUAUCUUCGCUGGAAUCCAUCUGUUGGCAUUAAAUUGAUGAGAGUUUAUGCUGCUUGUGGUGAACCAGGGCUCGCACGCCACAUAUUUGAUGAAAUUACUGACAAGAAUGUUGUUUUCUUUAAUGUUAUGAUUAGAAGCUACGUUAAUAAUCAUUUAUACAAAGAUGCUUUACUUGUUUAUAAAACCAUGUAUACCCAAGGAUUUGUUCCUGAUAUGUACACUUAUCCUUGUGUUUUAAAGGCUUCUUCUAGGUCUGAUAGCUUGUGGGUUGGUUUGCAAAUUCAUGGCGCUGUUCUGAAAAUUGGGCUUGAUUUAAAUUUAUAUGUUGGGAAUGGAUUAAUUGCUAUGUAUGGAAAGUGCAAGUCUUUGAAAGAGGCUCAACAAGUGCUUGAUGAAAUACCGUGUAGAGAUGUAGUUUCCUGGAAUUCAAUGGUUUCUGUGUAUGCACAAAAUGGACGGUUUAAUGAUGCAUUGGAGCUUUGUAGAGAAAUGGAGGCUUUAAACUUAAAACCUAAUGAUUGCACAAUGGCUAGCCUUUUGCCUGCUGUCACUAACACUACUUCCGAUAAUGUUCUGUAUGUUAAGGAAAUGUUUUUGAAGCUGACCAAAAAGAGUGUCAUUUCUUGGAACGUGAUGAUUGCUAUGUAUGUGAACAAUUCAAUGCCUAAAGAAGCAGUAGUCUUAUAUUCACAGAUGGAAGCAAACGGCGUUGAACCCGAUGUUGUCUCUAUUGUUAGUGUUCUUCCUGCUUAUGGUGAUCUUUCUGCUCUGUCACUAGGAAGGAGAGUUCAUAAGUUCGCUGAGAGAAAGAAGCUGCUUCCAAACUUGCUUUUGGAGAAUGCACUGAUUGACAUGUAUGCAAAAUGUGGGUGUUUACGGGAUGCAAGAGCAGUAUUUAAUCAAAUGCAGUUUCGGGAUGUUGUUUCAUGGACUUCUAUAAUCUCUGCUUAUGGUAAGUGCGGCCAGGGCCGAGAUGCUGUGGCAGUGUUUGCAGAAAUGCGGAACUCGGGUUUGAAUCCAGAUUCAAUCGCCUUUGUUUCUGUUUUAGCAGCCUGUAGUCAUGCAGGAUUACUAGAUGACGGGCGAUAUUACUUUAAUCUAAUGGCGGAAUGUGGGAUAACUCCAAAGUUAGAACACUUUGCUUGUGUGGUGGAUCUAUUAGGACGUGCUGGAAAGAUAGAUGAGGCAUAUGGCUUUAUCAGACAAAUGCCUUUGGAACCUGAUGAAAGAGUUUGGGGACCUCUGUUGAGUGCUUGUCGGGUUUAUUCGAACAUGAAUAUUGGGAUUCUGGCUGCUGAUAAACUUUUGAUGUUGAAUCCUGAGCAUUCAGGUUACUAUGUCUUGCUAUCCAACAUUUAUGCAAAAGCUGGAAGAUGGGCAGAUGUCGCAGCCAUCAGAUCAAUCAUGGAGAGAAAGGGAAUCAAGAAAUUACCUGGUAUUAGUAAUGUGGAGCUCAAUGAUGGUGUUCACACAUUUCUUGCUGGUGACCACUCACAUCCUCAGUCAAAAAAGAUAUACGAAGAGUUGGAUGUAUUAGUUGGUAAAAUGAAAGAGCUUGGUUACAUGCCUGAGACUGAUUCUGCACUUCACGAUGUGGAAGAGGAGGAUAAGGAAUACCAUCUAGCAGUCCAUAGUGAGAAGUUAGCUGUUGCCUUUGCUAUUAUAAACACAAAGCCGGGAACUCCAAUUAGAGUUACCAAGAAUCUUCGAGUUUGUGGAGAUUGCCAUGUUGCUGCAAAGCUCAUCUCCAAGAUUGCAGAACGUGAAAUAAUCAUUAGGGAUACUCACCGUUUUCACCAUUUUCAGGAGGGAUGCUGUUCUUGCGGCGACUAUUGGUGAUUGAUUUUGAACACCAAUCUAAGAAUUAUAUUAUGUCUCGCCCACUCGGAUUCUGCAAGUGAGGAAAUGGAUGAAAUAUUAUAUAACAAUGAGGCCAAGUAGCAAAAAGACGAUGAUGUCAAGGAAGAUUAUUCUUGCCAAGUGCUGCUUCUUCCUGUCUAGUCAAAGCUUAAUGAUGCUCCUCAUGGAGAAGAGGGAAAAGAAAAGAAAGAGGAGACCCAAGAAGAAUGGGACGAAGUGAUGACAUGGAGAACCUUUCUUAGAGUGCCUGCCGUUCUAAAUUCUACAGGGCCCUAACUGAAGAGGCCCGAAACCUGCUGCCAAGCUAGUCCAUUUAGAGACAGAAAGGAUCUCUAGAUUGUCUUUUGGAUUAAUGACGAAUAUAUAAGGACGUAUUCGAAAUGCGGCAGAAUCAGCUCAAUCCUUAUUGCUUAUAAACGAGAUUGUCCCCCAUUUGACCAGUUGGCUAAACAUGGAUAGCUUAAAAAGUGGUAGUAGAUCAUGAACAAUUGAAACUCAUAACAGACAUUGUAUAUAGACGUUAUUUAUAUCACGAAACGCACGCAAUUCAUUUGACCCAGAAAUAAUAAUAAAAAAAAGAAGACGGGCCAUACUUUUGAUCUA